AACGUCAAUGCAAUAAGUGAUGAAAUGAUAACGAGGGCUGUCAUUUUUGACCUAGCCUAGCCCUCUGUGAGCAAGAAGUUGGAAUGAUUAGAUUUCUAAGCCAAAUUCCAAAAAUUCACAAGUUUUGUUACAGUAACGUUAUAGUGAGUAAUCAAUUUAGAGGUUUCAGCGCAAGUGGCACUAUGUUUAAGUCAGCAGUAUUUAAUCUUCAAGAAGCUUCUAAAGAUCAAGUUCAAGAGUUCCUAAACUCAUUUGAUACAGUGUUAACAGAUUGUGAUGGUGUUUUAUGGAUUGAUAACAAUGCCAUCUCGGGAUCAGCAGAUGCAAUGAAUUACUUCCGGAAAUUGGGGAAAAAAAUAUUUUAUGUGACAAACAAUUCAACAAAAAUUCGUAGUGAGUUUGCAAGUAAAGCAACUCAACUAGGCUUUAUUGCAAGUCAGGAAGAGAUACUGUCAACUGCUUACUUGGUGGCUCAUUAUCUAAAAGGUAUAGGAUUUACCAAAAAGGUAUAUUUACUGGGAUCAAAUGGCAUUGGAGAGGAACUGAAAGCUGUAGGUAUUAGACAUAUUGGAGUAGGGCCAGACCAUGUGAAACCAGAUUUCAAAUCAAUGCAGCCUUCAGAACUGGAUCCUGAAGUUGGUGCUGUGGUGGUGGGCUUUGAUGAACAUGUCAGUUACCCAAAGUUCAUGAAGGCUGCCUCUUACCUAGCAUCUGAAGAAUGUUUGUUCAUAGGAACAAAUACUGAUGAGAGGUUCCCUAAAGGUGGCUCUAUUGUUGUACCUGGUACUGGCACAUUAGUAAGGGCAGUUGAGACAUGUUCAGAGAGAAAAGCCCUUGUUCUUGGGAAGCCUCAUAAUUAUGUGCGGAAGUAUCUUGAAUCAUGCGGCUUAAAUCCAGCUAGGACUUUGAUGAUUGGAGACAGAUGCAACACGGACAUAGAACUGGGUGUCCGCUGCGGCUUCCAAACCCUGCUUGUUCUGUCAGGUGUGACUUCACCUAAAGAUCUGGAGAAACUCCGCAACGAAAAAACUCCGCCAUUACCGGAUGUUGUUUUACCGAAAUUGGGAGAUUUACUUUCCCUUGUAUCAUAGGAAAAUAUUAAAUAAAUAGUAGCUGAUUUUAUAGUAGAAUGUUCAAAUCAUAGGUCAAUUCUAAAGCAAGGGUAGUAUUCAUAAGCAGUGUACUCACACCAUGUAUUAUUAAGUUACAAAUCAUACAAAAUAGAAAAUGCAUUAGAUAAGUACAACUCUCAACUGGCACAAUGUGAUGUUAAAUAUUUAAUUUUAUUUAUUUUAACAUAAUAUGUUGAUAUCAGCUUUCUUACUGUGUUUUAUCUGACUGUGAUUAUUUUUUAUAAAUUGUCCUAGGUAUAUUUUAAGGCAAGCAAUAUUAUUAGACCCACCUAACCAAACUUACAAUUUUGUUCCUUCAUGUUACAUUACAUUAAUAAUAUGUCUUUCCCUAACAAAUCACUGUUGAAUGUAGCCUUUAGCACCUUAGAUCUUAUAACCUAGAAAUGACAAAGGAACUUGUAAUUCUCUAUUAUUUUAUACUACUUACGUUUUUGAGCAUAGUUCUCAAACACACUAUAAUCACUUAGUUUUCAUUGUACAAAAUAAAAUACUAUAACGAUAAUAGUCUUCCGGUUCGAUGAAUGUUUAUAUUCAUAUAUAUUAAAGUACCCAUAUGUAUCGGCAUACAACUUUAAGGUAAAUUUAGCCUGAAGUUGAAAACUAAUUAGUUUAAGCGCAAUUUUAGUUAUAUACUCGUGAAAUAUCAUUUAUCUUUGACUUAUUGCCGUGAUUCAUUUCAAAUACUGGACUAAAUGUCUAUGUAUAACUGCCUACAGCUUUGUACCUAUGCAUAUUGUUGUGAGAUAUAAUCAAUAGAACUAAAAAAUAUUAUACUUACCUAAUUUGGUAAAAGAAUGUCAAAUAAGCAUUUCUUAACUUCAAUUGGGUACCUACAUUGUUACAAUUACGAGUUACUUGUUAAUAAGACUAGGUAAUUAACCUUAAAAUCACUUCAAUAUUAUUUUUUAUCUUAAAUAUUUGUGACCCGCAUUUUAUAUAAUUUGAAUCCUAUGUAUUAUCAUUAUUUUUGUCGUAUCCCCAACCCAAUAUUGUGAAACAUUCAUAUUGAAUAAGUGUUAAGGACAUUACGUAACAAUAAAUAAUAUAAGGGGACUAUAAUAUUGUUAUUUUACUAAUAAGUACUUUGUUACUAUAUUUUAAAACUGCUUUGUUGGCUCGUCACUGUAUGUGUUCAUUUGUAUACAGAAAAAUGAAAUAAUAUUUUAUUACAGUUGUGGAAUAUAUAAUGUUGCUUUUAAUAAAAUAUUUACAUCGUUAAA